AAACUGUUAAAAUAAUUAACACCGUUAAAUGGGUGCAAACGUGAAGGCUGAUAAGGCAGGAUCUUUUGACACGUGGCAUUCACGUGGACGUCCAUGUUGGCGUCUAAAUGGCGCUGAUAUGGGCACCCCUACAUCUAAACACGUUUACAUAUAUUUUCUCCCCCGUCUUUCCCCUUCUUACUCCAUAUCUGAUUCUUCAGCAAAACAAGAAAAGGCAAAAAGCUUGCAAGAACUGCAGGCGGACUUCGAAACUAGAACCAGAAAAUGCGAAGCUUCAUCAACCUUCCUCCUUUCUCUCCGCAACGCAUCUUGCAGAACCUGAAGCUUCUGUUCAAUAAGCUUCCACAUUUCUCAUUUCCUCUUUUUUGAAGCUUCCUCAAUCUGAAGCUUCUUCAAUCUGCAAACCUGAAUUUUCCUCUUUAUUUCUGCAACACGACUGAACCUGCAUCAAGGAAAGAUUCAAGAAUCCGGAUCUUGGGGUGAGAAAAUAGAUAUAUGUAUAGGUGCCUGUCGGUUGUUGACAAUGAAGAGUAUAUGAAGGCUGCUCAUAAUGUGCUCGACAAAAUGCUUCAAAGACUCUUUAAAUCCAUAGAUGUACAGGCUGCAGUUUGUUGUCAAUGAAGAGUAUACAGAGGCUGCUCAUAAUGUGCUUGACAAAAUGCUUCAAGGACUCUUUAAAUCCAUGUAAAUUGAGUUCAAGAGAGAAGAUUACUUGCAGGUCUGUUGAGGUUGGGUUUUUUUAAAAAAAAUCUUCCUGAACGUGUGUUUGUUGCAGAAAUAUGGAGAAAAGGAGAAAACUUACUGAUACAAAACAUCUAUUCGGGUUUCCUCGUCACUGUUGCAGAACAAAAGGUAGGAGCUUCAUGAAGUUUCUGGUUCUCCGACGUCCCAAGGCAAGGAGGAAGCCUUUUUUAUGCUUUCUUUGGCUUUCGGAUGGACGUACAAGCUAUAAUGUGAUGUAUUGCAGAGGAAGAAGAAGGCGUAUUGCAGAGGAAGAAGGCGUGUUGCAGAGGGAAAAGAGGAAGCUUGAUGAAGCUUCGGGGGAAAGAAAGGGGAGGAGAGGAAUGUAAUCUGGUUUGGGCUUAGUCGCCUACGUGGAUGCUUACGUGGCAAAAAUUAAAAGACCCUGCCUUGUCAGCUUGCACAUGUACAUAUAUUUAACGGUGUCAAUUGCUUUAACGCUAGGGGGGCUUAUUUGAACACUUUGUAAAAGUAAAAGGACUAUUUUGAACACAGAAAAUUUUGGGGGCUUUUUUGAACAUUUAACAGUGUUAAUUGUCUGUCCGUUCAUCUGGCUCUCCUCUAUCCCUUCCGUUCGCGUUUCCUCUCCCCUGCUUCUAGGACUCUCGGCUAUCAGUUUCACGGUCGCAGCUAGCAGCCCUGCUCGUCGCACUUUGGCCUGGUACGUGCUAGUUGAUGCAAGGAGAGUUGUAUAUGCUGGACAUUCAUAGAGAUUGAGAGAUUAGAGAGAAGAAGAAGAGAAAUAGAAGAUUAGAGAGGUGAAGGCAGAAAGAAGAAAAAGGUGAAGAAGGAGAGAAGGCUUGAGGGAUAAGGAUAGAACAUAGAUAGUUGUAGAAGAUUUUAGAGCGAUAAUGUUAAGCACGAUAUGUUUUUAGGCCGCUGUUUUCUAAAAAGAAGUAAUAUUUUAAGCAGAGGUUUUCACGUGGGCAAGCAAUUCUCCAAUCCAAGAACUGAGGAUAUUGUCUUUCGAGCUAUUUGUGUAAGUUUAAGACAAAGGAGAUGGAAAAUCUUGCAACAGACAUUGCCAAAUCUCAACAAUUCUUUGGUGAAUCAAGUUAUUUGGGAGUUUCGCGACUCGCCACGGUUAGCUCUGGAGUUCUACACUUUGGUUGCAGAGAAAGCGGGUUUUUUUCAUUCAUUAGAAUCUUGUUGUACAAUAUGUCAUGUCUUAGUUUGUUCGAGGAGAUUCGAUGAUGCUUUAUGCCUUAUGAGGAAGUUGAUGCUUGUAAAUGGUGUUUCACCAUUGGAAGUUUUGGAUGCUUUGGUUAGAAGUUAUGAAACUUGCCAUUCAGUUCCUGCUGUCUUUGAUACACUGGUUAAGGCUUGUAAUCAAAUUGGAGCCAUUGAUGGCGCUUAUGAAGUGAUCAAGAAGUUGAGAAUGGAAGGUUGCUGGGUUUCAAUUCAUGCUUGGAAUAACUUUAUGAGUCAUCUCUUGAAGUCUGAUGAGAUUGAUAGAUUUUGGAAGCUGUAUAAGGAGAUGUUGGCUUGUGGAUAUAUCGAAAAUAUAAACACCUUUAACUUGGUCAUAUAUGCUCUUUGUAAGGAAUUGAAAUUAUUAGAAGGGAUAUCGGUAAUUUAUUUGAUGUUAAAGCGUGGGAUCUGGCCUAAUGUUGUUACCUUUAAUAUGAUAAUUGAUGGAGCUUGCAAGAUGGGUGACUUGGAUCUUGCCUUGAAGCUUGUCAAGAAAAUGGGAGUAAUGUCAAGAGAUUGUAUUUUGCCAAACACAAUAACAUACAAUUCAAUCAUUAACGGUUUAUGCAAAACAGGAAGAGUAGCAUUUGCAGAAGAAGUUCGAAAUGACAUGAUUAAAGCAGGCAUUGAUAUGUAUGUUCGUGGAUUGACGCCCGCUGUCACUUACGGUACUUUAAUUGAUGGGUACUGCAAGGAAGGAAAUAUUGAAAAGGCUGUUGAUGUUUAUGAAAAAAUGACGAAGGCAACUAACUACUCCAACUUGGUGAUAUACAAUUCCAUUAUUAAUGGAUUAUGCAAGGAGGCAUCAGUUGGAGCUGCAGAACUUAUGGUGGAUUCAUUGGCAAGAAUUGAUUCUCUUGAUGCUGUAACCUACAAUACUCUGAUGAAUGGGUAUUUUUUCAGCGGAAAGAUUAACAAGGCCUUCGUUCUAUUCUCAGAAAUGAUAAAAAUGGGCAACUUAGUAAACAGAGUCACUUAUAAUAUAUUAAUGAACUUUUUCUGCAAAUUUCAGUGUUAUGAACAAGCGAAGAGACUUGUGAAGAGGAUGGUUUUUCUGGGUGUGGUUCCUGAUUUUAUUACUUAUACAACUCUUAUUACAUCUUUCGGUAAAAAUUGCACUCCAGAGGAAGUGAUUGAACUGCAUGACUAUAUGGUUCUCAAUGGAGUAGUUCCUGAUACAGAAGUUUACAGAAGUAUUGUUUGUCCCCUUCUUCAAGAAUAAAGCCUGAAAACUUAAAUUUGAUAUAGGCCGUAGGUGGAUUGAGCUCCAACACUGAAGUGUAUGUAUGUUUGGAUCUGAAUUAUAUUUGAUCGAUUGUGUAUUUCAAACUUUACAAUAUAGAUUAGGAGAACAA